CUGGGCACCGCCUCCGCACCUUCCCCUGCGCUUCCACUUUCUAGCUCCAGAGCCUGGAGUGGAAUGCCAAGGAGCUAGGCGCCGGGAGUCGGCGUUCUGUCUGGCAGAAGCAUUGGCACAGACAGACAGGCAGAGGAGACACUGCUUUGAUUCAGACAGGCAAGACAGAUCUACGGAGGAAAUCUCCAGCGUUGCCACUCCUCCCCUCCUGGUUGGCAAGAUGUCAGGGAAGGAGGGAGUGCAGAAGAAAUGGGCUGCCCUGAAAGAAAAGCUGGGGCCCCAGGACGGGGACCCCACAGAGGCCAACCUGGAGAAUGCCGAGCCCGAGCUAUGCAUCCGCCUCCUGCAGAUGCCCUCCGUGGUCAACUACUCUGGACUGCGUAAGCGGCUGGAAAGCAGCGAUGAUGGCUGGCUGGUGCAGUUCCUGGAGCAGAGUGGCCUUGACCUGCUGUUGGAGGCCCUGGCCCGGCUGUCAGGCCGGGGUGUGGCGAGAAUCUCAGAUGCCCUGCUACAGCUCACGUGCAUCAGCUGUGUACGGGCCAUCAUGAACGCCCGCCAGGGAAUCGAGUACAUCCUGAGCAACCAGGGCUAUGUGUGCAAGCUCUCAGAGGCUCUGGACACAUCUAAUGUGAUGGUCAAAAAGCAAGUGUUUGAGCUGUUAGCUGCCCUCUCUAUCUACUCCCCUGAAGGCCACAAGCAAAUUCUGGAUGCCCUGGACCACUAUAAGGUGGUCAAGAGCCAGCAGUACCGCUUCAGUGUAAUCAUGAACGAGCUCUCCAACACAGACAACGUUCCCUACAUCAUCACCCUGCUGAGCGUCAUCAAUGCCAUCAUCCUGGGCACCGAGGAGCUCAGGGCCCGAACUCAGCUCCGGAAUGAGUUCAUCGGUCUCCAGUUGCUGGAUGUUUUAACCAAACUAAGGUAA